CAGCGAUCAGUCUCCACCCGGACUCCGCCAUGUUGGGUCUUGUGGGUCGUGUGGCCGCCGCCUCGGCCUCUGGGGCCUUGCGGGGACUCAGUCCUUCCGCGCCGCUACCCCAAGCCCAGCUCCUGUUGCGGGUGGCCCCGGCAGCUCUCCAGUCUGCCAGAGACUAUGCGACCCAGACAUCUCCUUCCCCGAAGGCGGGCACCUCCACCGGGCGCAUCGUGGCGGUCAUCGGCGCCGUGGUUGACGUCCAGUUCGAUGAAGGGCUUCCACCCAUUCUCAAUGCCCUGGAAGUGCAAGGCAGGGACACCAGGCUGGUUUUGGAGGUGGCCCAGCAUUUGGGUGAGAGCACUGUAAGGACCAUUGCCAUGGAUGGUACAGAAGGAUUGGUUAGAGGCCAGAAAGUCCUGGAUUCUGGUGCACCAAUCAAAAUCCCUGUUGGUCCCGAGACCUUGGGCAGAAUCAUGAAUGUCAUUGGAGAGCCUAUUGAUGAGAGAGGGCCUAUCAAAACCAAGCAGUUCGCUCCUAUUCAUGCUGAGGCUCCUGAAUUCAUAGAGAUGAGUGUUGAGCAAGAAAUUUUGGUUACUGGUAUCAAGGUUGUGGAUCUGCUGGCUCCCUAUGCCAAGGGUGGCAAAAUUGGACUGUUUGGUGGUGCUGGAGUUGGGAAGACAGUACUGAUUAUGGAGUUAAUCAACAACGUUGCCAAAGCCCAUGGUGGUUACUCUGUAUUUGCUGGUGUUGGUGAAAGGACUCGCGAGGGCAAUGACUUGUACCAUGAAAUGAUUGAAUCUGGUGUUAUCAACUUGAAAGAUGCUACCUCCAAGGUGGCGCUGGUGUACGGUCAGAUGAAUGAACCACCUGGUGCUCGUGCCCGGGUAGCUCUGACGGGACUGACUGUGGCCGAGUACUUCAGAGACCAGGAAGGUCAAGAUGUGUUGCUGUUCAUUGAUAACAUCUUUCGCUUUACCCAGGCUGGCUCGGAGGUGUCUGCUUUAUUGGGCAGAAUCCCUUCUGCUGUGGGCUAUCAGCCUACACUGGCCACUGAUAUGGGUACCAUGCAGGAAAGAAUCACCACCACCAAGAAGGGAUCUAUCACCUCCGUUCAGGCUAUUUAUGUGCCAGCUGAUGACUUGACUGACCCUGCCCCUGCCACCACUUUUGCCCAUUUGGAUGCUACCACUGUGCUGUCCCGUGCUAUUGCUGAAUUGGGCAUCUACCCAGCUGUGGAUCCUCUCGAUUCCACCUCUCGCAUCAUGGAUCCCAACAUUGUUGGCAAUGAGCAUUACGAUGUUGCCCGUGGGGUGCAAAAGAUCCUUCAGGACUACAAAUCCCUUCAGGACAUCAUUGCCAUCCUGGGUAUGGAUGAACUUUCUGAGGAAGACAAGUUGACUGUGUCUCGAGCACGGAAAAUUCAGCGUUUCUUAUCUCAGCCAUUCCAGGUUGCUGAGGUCUUCACUGGUCAUAUGGGGAAGCUGGUACCCCUAAAAGAGACCAUCAAAGGAUUCCAGCAGAUUUUGGCAGGUGAAUAUGACCAUCUCCCAGAGCAGGCCUUCUAUAUGGUGGGACCCAUUGAAGAAGCUGUGGCAAAAGCUGAUAAGCUGGCUGAAGAGCACUCGUGAGGGGUCCUUGUGGCAAAGUAAAAACACUCAUCCCCUGUGCUGUCCUCACCCCUAAUCCAAAAAGUCUGUUUACCUAAGGGCAUGUGAGAGCCUUGGUUGAAAAGCAUUGUGUUCUGUCUGAAGAAUAUUUAAGGUUUCCAAUAAAAUUCACAUCCUCCAGAA